UGCACUCCCCGGACACUGUUAGAUGCUGUACCGGGGAGUGGUUACCAUGGUAACGGGAGUCACGGUUUGUCUCCACGCUGAGUGAAGAGGUUCUGGAGGUCUAUCUCCUCACCAAUCAUGAAGGCAUCCUCAAAGGGUCUUCUCACCCAGAUUUCUCAGUUCUGGAAUAUGCUGGAUGACUUGGCUGAAAACGAUCCUGAGCGGUACAAGAACUUCAUUGAGCAGGAGCUGAAAGAUGGAAAACAGCUCUAUGUGGACCCAGAACCACAGCUCUGCCUGCAGACCAAGAUCCUAAAACCAAAAGAAAAAAUACUUUUUAUCAACCUAUGUCAAUGGAAAAGGAUCGCAGCUCCUCAGUCAGCCACUCAUCCUGUACCUGUAAGUGUUGGCAGACCAGAGGAUUUCUCUGAGGCAUCAGGUUCAUAUACAGUCAUUGAUGUUGCCUACAAUCCUUGUGUUCUGCAAGCAACAGAAAAAGACCAAAGGAUCAAAGAUCAGUUAAUAAAAAUGGCCAUGCAUUGCAUUGAGGAGCGAUUCCAGUUCACACUGGCACAUUCAUACCAUGUUACUAGUUUUAAAAUAAAAGGAAGCAUUCAGAGAAUGAAAGAAAAUCUGAUGGGCAUUAAAACUGGCUUCACAGGCUUCAAAGAGAUAAUGAGAACAGAAGACACUCUUGACAACAUCAGAAGCCAUACUGAGAGUGAGUCAGAUCACCUUCCUCACAUGCUGCUGACAAAAGUGCAUGAGUCGUCGGGCAAAGGACGACGUCUCAUAGAGGAGGUUUCUAGUUCAGACAUCCGGGCGGAGGUUAAGGAACCAGCUUAUGAAUUAAAGGUUGUAAAGGAUCAGAAUGAGAAACCUCUGAGAGUUGAAGUGAAAAUCGAAUUACCCGGAAUUAACUCAGCAUCUCUCUGUGAGCUUAGUGUUUCAGAGGUUGAUUUAUUGAUUGAGGUCUCUGAAAAGUACCGAUUAUACCUAAAGCUUCCAGAAUCAGUUAAUACGGAAAUAACUACAGCAAAAUUUGUCAAAAAUAAAUCUGUAUUAUUCAUUACAAUGCCGCUGGCAUAA